AUGGCUUCAUCUAGAUCCGCGGCGAGGUUACUCGCCUACCGACGUCCCAUGCCCUCAGUCGUGUCCCCGUCUUCAUUCAUCCCGACCGCAAACUUCUCUUCCUCGGUGAGCCGGGCAGCCACGCCAGCUGGGCCUCCGCCCUCCGGUUUCCGUAUCCCUCCCCCGAGGCGAUGGGACCAAGACCCAGAGUCCUCGCUGGACAAGGCAAGCAAGUACUUCCUCAUGGCGGAGAUCUUCCGGGGCAUGUACGUCGUUUUGGAGCAGUUCUUCCGGCCACCUUACACCAUCUUCUACCCCUUCGAGAAAGGACCAAUCUCCCCCCGUUUCCGUGGUGAACACGCUCUUCGACGCUACCCUACCGGUGAAGAGCGCUGCAUCGCCUGCAAGCUAUGCGAGGCCAUCUGCCCUGCCCAGGCUAUCACCAUUGAAGCAGAGGAGCGAGUGGACGGAAGUCGCCGGACGACCCGAUAUGAUAUUGAUAUGACCAAGUGCAUCUACUGCGGGUACUGCCAGGAGAGUUGCCCAGUUGAUGCCAUUGUUGAAACCGCCAACGCUGAAUACGCCACCGAGACCCGCGAAGAGCUGCUCUACAACAAGGAGAAGCUCCUCGCUAACGGUGAUAAGUGGGAGCCUGAAAUUGCUGCUGCUGCCAGAGCCGACGCUCCUUACCGAUAA